AGCUAAUCUCACACCAAAACAACAUGGCUAGUAUAGAAAGAAGCGAAGAAACAGACCGAAACUUCAUCGACGAAGAAUAUCUACGAUACCCUGAUCCACAUCAACACCAAGUUGAAAGUUUCUUUAAACCUCUUGAACCCCACUGGGAUCUAAUCAGAGACGUAUUACUCUGGAAAAAGCCUGUUUAUUCGCUUGUGGUGUUUGUUGUUGUCAACGGAACUUUCUGCUACUUUGCAACGGGAAACUUCCGACUGUUCCUUGUCUGUAGUGUUAUAAUCGGACUGAGUMUUUGCGUUGAAGAUAUUAGGAGUAAAGUCGCUGGAGUUCUGGAACGAGCUGGAAUCACCCCAGAGGAGAGAGAAAGCUAUGAAGCAAGUUUGAUCUUCCAACGAUUUUGCUAUAAAAUAGCUCUGAUAUGGGGAUUUGCAGAACGUAAUCUUGAAAAACUUCAGAGAAUUAAGCAGCAGAGUCAUCAGAAGUAUUAUGCAGUCUUAGUUGCCAUCUUCAUUGCGGCAGCAUUUGCUUACCAGUACAUACCUUGGCUUAAACUCUUUUACUGCAUAUUUGUAUUUCUGUAUUUAUGGACACCUGCCAAGUAUCAUGGAACUCACAGGGUCAUCAUUGGUGUUGUUGAGCCUUUUUUUCAACCAUUUAUCACACACUGGAGACACAGUAGAACCAAACGGCAACGGGAGCAAAUUUUAAAAGCACAAAAAGGAGUUAUUGAUGAAGAAGACAGUGAAGAAGAGUUCACCAAAGAAUACAAUCCACAAGCACAAAGAGGGGAUGAAAACAAUUUUCAAGAAAGAAUUGUAAAAGAAGAAGAASAACAACCACUUUUUCCAACUAUACAAAGUGAUUCAUCWUCAGAGUUAUUAAUYGAUUUAACUGAAGAACACCUACCACCUCCAGAUCAAGAAGACUGGUCUUCAGCAUCRUCUCAAGAUGCGAUGCGGUUGGACUUACCAGAAUCAAGCGAAAAUGUUCCCUCAGAUCUUGAAACACCAGGAGGGUCAUCUUUGAGUUUCAAYAGUUCAUCUUCUUUCUUGCCUGAUAGUCAGGAACUACCAUCAAUGUCUAACACUACAGAUCACUGGGAGUUCAAUGAUGAYGAUGAUUUUGCACAAGGUCUGGAGUUUCCAGACAUUGACGACAAAGACUAUCACAGCUCAAAUGAAUCUUUACAUGCUAGUGAAAAGAAACCAAAUAAACAACAAUCAAUUUCACAGAAACCUAAUAAAAAAGGGCAYAAAUCAAAAGAAACUUCAMGUGAAMUCCAGCAGUCAAAUUCUGCAGAUGGAUCAGAUUUUGAACUACUGGAUAAAUCCGAGAUUGAUGACAUGGAUCCAUCAUUGAAYRAUGAAAGACCUGGGAGUAGUGGAUCACURGGUAGUAUGGGAAAGUGGUUGGGAUUGUAACUACACAUAAUAAUAAUCUAAAGGCAUGCCAUGCAUGCCAUGAUUGUUGCUAUGGGUAACAUCUUUAGAUUAUAACAUUUUAACAUAUGUAUGUUCAUCUAGAGUGAUCUCAACUAGAGUACAAAUACUUCUCAGUGCAACGCUUUCCACUAUUUACUGCAAAAUUAACUAUUAUAGUUCUAAUUAAACAAUAGAAAACAAAAGAAUUAGCAGUAUUUAGCAGUAUUUAGUGGUAUUUAUGUUGCACAGUUUUAGUGUUUGUACUCYAACAUUAAUGCUGUCCCUCUAUUUGCUAUCUUGUGUGUAAGUAGUGUAAAUUCAGAUUACAAUAACAUGAUGGCCUUCUGUUGAUAUGUGCAGAUUUUCUGGUGGCAAUAUGGAUCAAGACAUCCCUUGUAUAUUGCAAUUUCACACAAUUUCCAGUAAUAUUCAUGACAAGUCUUGCACCACAUAUUUACGAAAAGUGCAUAUUUAUUCUUUUAUUAUYCACGUAAAGGCAACAAUCGCUUUUAAUCAUAAUUUCCAAUUUUACUAUAAUUAUACUAGUUUUGUGAAUUUACUCUAUUAUGUCACUGAAGGUCUUAAAUCACUUGAAAUCAGUAUGAAAGGCUAAAUUGAAGAAACUGAAAUAGUAAACUCACAAAUAAUAUAUAAUAUAUUAUGGUUAAAUUACUGUAUGCAUAAUAGGAAGCAGUGCAAUUACCAACUAAUAAGGAGUGUUACCCUUGUUUCUAAGAGAUUUUCCUACAUUUAAACYAAACRUGUACAUCUUCAGGUUAGUUUUCUUCUCUCUUGAAGUACUAGGCAUUCUUAUCUGGGAAAGCAGGAUGCCAGGGUGGAGUAGGCCAACAUUACUAAACAUUSCACACAUUCCACACUGGUUAGCACAUUAUUAGUUAUGGGUGUAUUUCUAUUGCAUGAUAUAAACACUGUAUAAAUUAUGUUCGGUAAUGUAUAGGCUUACUCCUUGAAACUAACACUGUUUAUAUCCAUUCUAAGUGGGCUUUCAUUUAUAAUGCGUUUGGGAAGGAGUUCUGAAGUGUUUCUUUAAAAUGUAUAGGGGAGGGCGGGCAGACAAAAGCCCAUGAAACCCUUGUUUACACUUGCGAUUUUUGCAGCGCAAUCGUCAUGCAACAAUCGCCUGAGUUUCAAACAUGCUUGAAAUUUAACGGCAUCUUGCAGCGAUUUUCGAUCGCCGCAAUAAUCACAGGGCUGUUUACACUUACGAUUUGAGGUGCACAAGAACAAAGUGGCAAUUGUCACACAACAAUCGCACUGCAAAAUUCGCAAGUGUAAACAGACCUUAACAGAGAAAUAGGGUUAUAAUUGCAGAUUACUUUGGCAGUYGUGGACUUGGAAAUAAUGAACAAUGACUUGUCUAAUGAAUGAGAUAUGAAAAGGAAUUCUAUUGUUCUGUCAUCCAAUAAAAUGGUAGAUCUGCUAUUUAAAUUUUAAUAAAGAAAUGUGAAAAUAAAAGCUGGMCUUGUGAAGAUGAACUUGUAAAGAUGAACAUAAACAACAACAACAACAAAUAAACAAUUCAAACAAGAA